GGCGGGACAAGAUGGCGUCUGCGGGGGGCGGGCGGUACUUCUGCACAGCGGGCCGCGGGCUGGAGCCCUUCCUGGAGCGGGAGGUGCGGGCGAGGCUCGGCGCCACGGAGGUGGACUGCAUCUCGGGAAAGGUGUUCUUCAGCACAGGGGCGGGCCCGGCCGAGCUGAGGAAGCUCAAGUCUGGAGAGCGGCUGUUCUUGCUGCUCAAGAAGCACCCAGCGCUUGCGGUUUCUAGAAAUAAAGGGAAAAUGCUGCAUGACAUUAAAAGCCUUUUCAUUGAGGAGCCAACGUAUUGGCGGGACGUUAUCUCUAUUUGGAGAAACCUUCAUGGGUGUGAGGGUAAAAAGGAUGAUGUCUUUCAAGGAAACCCAUCGCCUCUCAAGAGAAAAUCAGAAGAGACAGAUACUGCACCUAAAAGGCAGAAAACAGAACAAGUGAGAGAGACUGUGUCUGAGGAACAUCAGACAGAAGCUGGAGAGAGGCGUGUGGUACCAGAUGACUGCCAGACUGCAAGCGAGACUUCCUUGGAAGCCUCUUCCAAAAGCAGUGGAGAGAAAGCUAUUGCAAAUGAGCAGCUUAACUUCAGUUUCAGAGUUUCUUGCCGUUGUAGUGGAGCAGUUGCCAAAGUACUUACGUCACAGGAGAUUGGAAGAGCCGUUGGUGUGACGCUCAUGAAGCAGUGUGGCUGGCGGGCUGAUCUGCGGGACCCUGAUGUAGAGAUCUUCCUACAUCUUAAUGAUGUUCAUUCUGUGGUGGGGAUUCCUCUUUUCAGGCUUCCUUUGGCAAACAGAGAGUACAUCAAGACAGCAGGACUGCGGUCAACAAUUGCAUGGGCCAUGGCAUCUCUGGCUGAAAUCAGUGCUGGUGCCUUUGUGUUGGAUCCCAUGUGUGGGCUGGGAACGAUACUGCUGGAAGCUGCCAAAGAGUGGCCUGAAGCCUGUUACUGGGGUGCUGAUAUAAGUGAUUCACAGUUAGAGGGCGCAGGUGUGAAUAUUAGGACUGCAGGCCUGGUGGAUAAGAUUGAAUUACUUAAAGCUUCUGUGAAAGCACUGCCAUUGCCUUCAGAAAGCUUCGACGCUGUGAUUUCAGAUAUUCCAUUUGGGAAGAAGUUCAAGAUCACAAAAGACAUAGAGGUCCUACCAGAUAUUCUCCAGGAAAUGGAGAGGUAUGUGUGGCCUUUGAUAUGCUUGGAGUUUGUGCUACUUUGUGUUGGAGGGACUAUUGUACUGCUGCUGAGCCAUGAUCUCCACAAGCGCGUGGAUGACAUUACCAAGUGUGCUGAACAUGACUCUCCUCGUGCCAUUUCUGAUGGCACAAGUGAAACCACCACUGCAAAAGCCCUGCAUGCUGAUGGAAAUUCUUCCUCCGUGGUGAAUGGUGUUCAAGAAUCCUUUCUCAGUAGGAGACAGACAUGUUUUGGAUCUCUGGUUCUAGAUGGUGUCUAUGGGGUUAGUCUUGGAAAGACAGAUGCUUUCAUAUACAAAUAUAAGAAGAUUUCUACUGCUGGGAAUCAGUAGCUUUCUUGCACUGUGCGUAAGUGAGCUUGAGCCCUCGUACACUUGAAAAGCAGCAUGGCAGUGAUGUGCUGGAACCCUGCUAAUCCAAACAAACCCUUGCAUUUGUUAGCUCACCUCACUUCCUUUGAAUGUCCAAUGGUGCUGCUUUUCCCUCUUUUUUUAGGAGAGGUGGAAGAUGCCUACUAGUGUUUCAAAUAUUUUUACUGUAAAAUGUUGUAAUGAGAUGAGAGGCCUCAUUGUUUAGGCAAAGAGUCUUGGUAUUGGGAG